AUGGGGCAUGUCCCCAGAAAUCUUCCAACCCUGUUAAUGAUUGGGUUUGAAGAAUUGAGAAUUAUAUCUUGGAAUGUUCGUGGCGCUGUCCAUGAGUAUGGGAAACUCUUCAUUAAAGAAUUGAUAAGGAGUAAAAAACCAGAUAUUGUUUUGUUGUAUGAAAUUAGAUGCCAGUUUGCUCAAGUCUCUCACUACUGGAACUCUCUAGGUUUCUUCCCAGCUUUCGUCUCUGAAGCCAUUGGUUUUAGUGGUGGUAUCUGGGUCAUGAUUAGAACUAAUUUCGGUCUCUCUACGCGUCUUAUUCAUAUGCAUGGCCAAGCUAUCACCUUUGAGCUUUGGAAAGAUAAUCUUUCAUGGGUCUGCAAUGCAAUUUAUGCGUCGCCCAUCCCAGAGCAACGUGAAAUCCUGUGGCAGCAUCUUACUCAGCUUCGUGAGUCCAUCUCUAUUCCAUGGCUUCUUGUUGGGGACAUGAAUGAAGUGUUACAACCGUCUGAAGUUAGGGGUGGUGACUUCAUUCCCAGUAGAGCCCAUCGAUUUGCCUCUGUGUUAGAUAAAUGUCGUUUGAUUGAUCUGGGUUUAGUGGGAGGUAACUACAUGUGGUUCAGAAAUAGGAACAAUAUAAUAAUCCUCUCCAAACGGCUUGAUAGGGCCCUUGGAGAUGUGGAUUGGCGUCUUGCGUUUCCUGAGGCUAGUGUGGAAAUUCUUACCCGUGUUCACUCAUACCAUAGUCCGCUCUUAGUCCACUGUGGAGGGCAAGAGCAUUCAACUGUGCUUCAACGUCCGUUCAGGUUUGCAUGGAUAAAUUGGAUCGGGUGCGUGCUGCUUCAAUAG